AUGAACAAGUCGUUUCCCAUCCUGAAACUCCCACGUCUUGCUCUAGAUGAAAUUCUUAUCAUGAUGAGGCCGUUUGAACUAAUUCAAUUCUCAAUGACUUCUUCGAAAUCGAGAAUCAUUCUGAAAUAUUUGCUGAGAGCGAGAGUAAACUUGAAGUAUAAAUUAGAAGUGAGCACAGACAACGAACCGAAAAUCACAAUGAUAGGACCGGAUUACACGUUUUUCGAUUGUCGAAUAACUUCCGAUAAAUUGAGAAGUGAGAAAACAGAAUAUAUCGAAAAUAUUGGUGGAAAAUCCGACAGGAUUUGGAUGUAUUCAGAGAAUGUGUUAAUGGACUGGAUGAGACUGUUCCAGAUAGUCAUGGAACUGUUCAACUUUGAACGACAUAAUGUGUAUUUUUGUCCGGAGACAUUCCCUGAUCAAAAUAAGUCAAUUAUUGAUUUUAUUGGAUCUCAACUGACAUCAGUGAAUGCCUGUCAUUUUUAUGGAAACAUUGUAGCCAAUCAAGAUGUGGAAUACGUUUUGAAGAAUAUCAAAGUCCCUAAGUAUUUGGAAUUCACAUGCAAACUCAUUGAUAAUUUCCAUCUGAAAUUAACGAAAAAUCUUGGAAUGAUUUGUAUUUCUGAUGGGAAUUGGUUUAAUUACAAUCACUUGAUUCAAUUAAAAGCUUAUGAAGUGGAGAUAUCCAAAUCUGAAAUCACGAAUGUGGAAUUGAAUGCUUUUCUAAUUAGAUGGAUGCAGUCGGAAUGUCAUCAAGACCUUGUACAUAUCGGAAUUUCGGUCAAUGACCCAGAAACAGUUGGUGUUAUUUUCGAUCUUCCUCAUGAAGUUAUAGACAACGAUGUGAUUAGAGAGGGUAGAACUGCAAGAUAUAAAGUGUUCCGUAUUCGAGGUGGAUAUGAUAUCAAGAGAAUAGAUGGAACCACUGGAACAAUUUAUUUCAGCAUGUUCGGGGACCAACUGAUGUUUAACAUGAUUGUCUUCUGA